AUGCUCAUAAUAUGCUUAAUUCACAGCAAGAAACUCAACCACAAUCCACGGAUAUUCGCAGUAAUCACCGUCUUAAUCUCAUUCAUUUAUAGGGCCACCUACAAGAAGUGGUACAGUGUCCCUGAAUCAACAGAUAUCACCGGAAUUCUAUUCAUGUUGGUGAUAAAGGCAACUUAUGCCAGUGACCAAUACAACAACAAUGUCUACGACUUGUUCAACUACAUCUAUUACACACCAGGACUACUUGUUGGGCCUGUGAUCCCAUACACUGAUUUUCUGAAGCACAAGGAACGAAAGCAGCUGAACGAGUCUCCUGAUUCCACCACAACCAACCUGUUUCCAAGGUACUUCCUUGCUACGCUUCUCUACCUGAUGGCCACGCUUCUACUACGCCCAAUCAAUUUCAGAGAGCUCAUUCUCAAUGUCCCAAACUUCCUGAUCCAAUGCUGCUACGUCCAACUGAUGAUGAUCUCGUACAGAAUGUCUCUCUACUUCGUGUGGAUGAGUGCCAGUGCGUCAUACGCCCUCAACAACAUCGAUCUGGUCAAUUUCUCAUUUCUUGAAAUUGAACUGGCUCAAAGUGGCAGAGACCUCGCCAAAAGAUGGAACAUUUGCACCCAUCAGUUCCUUAAGAAAUACGUCUUCAUCCAUGCAAUAGCAGUGACAAGAAACAAGACACUCUCGUCCCUGAUGGUAUUCGUUGCAUCAUCCCUGAUGCAUUCGUACCACCUCAAGGACCUGAUUACGUUCAGCCUGAUGGCCGUCUUUGCUUCCUUCCUUGACGUGGCCAUGUCUGAUAUCCCAUUCAUCAACCACUCUCGGAUUCUACGCACAUUCUGUACGACAUUCUUCAUGUCAUUCAUUUCAAUAGCCAAAAUCACCACCACCUACGAAGAGUGCCUUCUCAUUUGGAAAUCAACCAAAAUGUACGGAUUCGUCUUUCUGGGGGUGAUUCUGGCAUUGCACAUUUUGGCAAAACAGUUCAGGCCAAAAGUCAAGGCGGAUUAG